AUGGAUCUCGAUAAUUUUAAUAUCUACAUCAUCAACUUGUGGAUGCUUCUAGUGGUAGCUCCUGUUAUUCUACUGCUGUCAUUCAUAGAAAAAAGAAAAAACAGGCGCGACAUUUGCCACGGAAGGCCCGCUCUCGUUAUACCGUUUUCCUUCCUGGAUGGCUACGACAACAGAACUGCUUAUGCAAUGGCAUUUGGCACGAUUACAAGCACGAUCGUGUCCCUGGUGACGUCAAAGAACACCCUGGGAUUUGACAUGCCAUUAUGGGGACGAGCAAUAUACGUAUACCUGCAAGCUUUCGUGGGAUGCCUGACAUGCUUCCCUUUGUUUGCGUGUCUUUCUACGCGGUAUCGCGUUGUUGGAGCCGUUGUCUGCAUCUUGUAUUCAGCUGUAUGGCUGAGCUUGAAUAUUGUAGACACUAUACAGGGCGUUCAGGAGAGCGCUAACACCACAUACUGGUUCGUGAGUGCAAAUGAUUCUGUUUCUCAAGAUUUGAACAAGGCAACCGCAGCUCUCCAGGGCCUUCCAAUCAUUUGCUGCUAUGUCGUGCUGAUAGGUUACUGUAUCUACGUUAUUCAGAGGUGCUUCAGAACUAAAGUUUUCUUAAACAAGCAAAUGAUGACUACCAUAAAGCCACAUCAGGAAGAACAUGUUCGCUGGGUUUUAAGGAAGUCUAAAAACUCCACAUCGUCCAAUAUCUGGGGAGAUAAAACAUUUGUACAACAGAUGCACGAAAGCAGGAAGUUAAAAUUAUUUACCAGUUUUCCCUUUUUCAAAUAUCCCACCCGAAUAUUUGCAAUCGCCUUCGUGCAGCUGAAUGUUAUCUACUGGAUGGGGAUGCUCCUGAUUUCGGGCACACUGCAAAUUUUAUACACCAUUUUUCACUUAGUGUUGCAGAAGACAGAGAUUACCUCCAGUGAUAAGGAACAGGUGGCGCUUGUAAGCAUAUGCGCUUCCGUUUCUCUCUUAGCCUCCAUCUCGAACUCAUUAACACACAUUUUUAUGGCUACUAGAAACUAUCGGUACCACAUGCUGAGACUCUACCAAGGGGACAAAACUUUCCUUCCUCAGAUGGAUGUAUCAAGCCAAUAUCUCCUGACCAGCAGCAUGAUAUAUCCUGGUUACCAGGUAGCUUUCAUGAUGUGGGGGCUGGUUCUCAGUUUUGGUUUUGUUCUUAUCAUCACAUUAUUAAUCGCAGAGCCUAUUUACUUUUUCAUUGCAUUCGACAUGAUUGGAGAUGUCCUUUUGAGUAUUGUGCAACUUUUGAGCUUUCCUGUUAUGAUGCUUGUCCUCUUUUACCUUCAAGUCUAUCUCUGCAAUCGUCUGUUACUUCAAGAUAAGAUUCACGAGUCUGACAAGCAGAGACCUCUAAAUGUCAACAAUAGAAAAUUUUAUGAACUUGUUAACUAUUAUUCCCUAUUUACCAACAUGGCAGUCGGGUUGUUCACUUGCCUUUUAAGAAUAUUUCUGAGUGCAAUAUUUGGAAUAUUUUCCGUUGAUCGCCUGGAUAAAAGUGUUUUCACUAGAGACAAGGAAAAUUAUGACAACGGCUACAGGGCGUAUGUUUCAAUGCUAUUGGUGGACAACGCACACAACAAUCCAAGCAUGAGAGUGUUCGCCCAUCUAUUAUGGACACAAGCGCUGGCUGCUCGCUUCAGAGCGAGUCAUAGAGAGGUCAGCCAUGAUGCGACACCGCUUUGUCCUAAUAGCCCGCACGCUGAUCACAUUUCAUACGGAGCAGCAUCACCCACUGGAAGCGAGACUUCCGCUGAAAGUUUGCAAAACUUAUGGACAUUGUAUGAUACAAAAGGGUUUUCUGUUUCUAAACUCGCAAGGACUCGAUGGUUUUUGUUAUAUACGCUCAUACACAACCCACAGCUUAGCAAGCUUAGGAAACGACGUCUUGUGCCUUCAAAUGACAGUAGCCUGAUAAACAUAGCAGAAGACACUACUAGCCCAGCCGUUGAAAGUAAUAUUUCAUUUACUUGAGCUGCAAAUUUUUCUUUGAUAUUGAAUUAAAGUUAAUUACAUGCAUUAAUGGUCUUUAUUGUUGCUCUGGUGACGACAUUAUGAAUUGCAAAUAUUUGUAUUAGCUAAUAGUUCAAUAAAAUGUUUCUCCACUGCCCCUUGGAUGUCUUGACAUUGAGUACACGUAGAUAAUCUGAUAAUAUUACAUUUCAUUAUAAUAGUUUGUAAGCAUAGGAACAUUCAAGGGAUAUUUUAUUGUGUGUUUGUUAAAGUUUGUUUUAUAUCAGGGUAAAUCUUGGUGCAUGUGAUUAUUUUUUUCCAUUUAUAAAUAUUGACCAACAUGAUCUUGAUUACCAAAUUUAGUUGCUUUUUUUUUUGUUGUUUAUAUUUGGUUAUCUUCACACUUUGUUUUUAUUUACAACAAUGUAUCUGAUUUUUUGUUGUAUUUAUUGUAUAUUUCAUAUCAGUGUAAAAUCUUGCUCCUUGUGAUAUUAUUUUGAUAAUUUAUUUCGUAACCUAAUUUGUUUUUACUUUUUACAAAACUUAUAUCAACUCUGUAUGCCAGAUAAAAGUUUCAAUAUGUAAUUUCUCCAAGUUGAAACUUUGGACAAUUAUUCAUUGGCGUAGACAAUAAAUUAAUCAAUUUAAAAAACAUCAAUUAGUCAAUUAAUUACUGGUUAUUAAUCAUUUUGUUUGAUACAAACAAGGGAAUAAUUUCUACAUUCUUAUUUAAUCAGCAUAUUAAUGAUGUAGUUUCUAUUUAAUGAUGUAUUCAUUGUAAUUAUUGUACAUAGUAAAUACAAUUCUAUUCACAGAAAGUACUGCAUACUAAUAAAAUAUUUAAGAAUGAAAUAUUUACCAUUCUCAUAAUUCAUGCUUUUAUUGAUAACAAAGUCAAAGUGUUUAUAGCUGAUGUAUUAGAUAUGUAUCCUCCUGGACAAUAUUUAAGAUAUGCUGUUUGAGUUUAUAGGAAUCUUUUGAUGAAACUUAACUUGUAAUUGUGGAUUCUAUAAAGAAUUAUAACAUGAA